AAGCGGCUCCGGGUGCUGCUGGCCACGCGGAUAUGGCGGAGGCGGUGCGGCAGGAGCUGUCGGCGCUGGCCGCGAUUUUCUGCGGGCCUCGCGAGUGGGAGAUGUUGAGCUGUUCAGAGACAGAUGGGGCUGUCUUUAGAAUUCACACAACAGCUGAAGGACUUGUGGGCGAGGAUGUGCCCUUAGAGCUGGUGUUCCAUUUACCAGCUGGUUACCCUUUGUGUCUACCUGGCGUCUCGGUUAGCUCCGAACAUCUGACCAGGGCUCAGUGUGUUACCGUGAAGGAGAAGGUACUUGAAGAAGCCAGAAAGCUUUUGUCAGAGCCUAUGAUUCACGAGCUGGUUCUCUGGAUCCAGGAGAAUCUCCGACACGUCCUCAGCCAACCAGAGACUGGGAGCAGUAGUGAGAAGUCUCCUGGGUCGGAAGGCCCGGCUGCGGAUGACGGCUUGUGGAUAACUCUUCUGCAUUUAGAUCACAUGCGAGCAAGGACUAGAUACGUCAAGACUGUGGAGAAGUGGGCUGCAGAGUUAAGGCUGACAGGAAGACUGAUGUUCGCAGGCAGGACAAUACUGCUCCUACUGCAAGGAGACAGGAACAGCAUCAAGGAGUACCUGAUUCUUCAGAAAACCUCCAAAGUAGAUGUGGACUCAAGUGGGAAGAAGUGCAAAGAGAAAAUGAUUAGUGUACUGUCUGAAACAAAAGUACGAACGGAGCACAAAAGGUUUCUGGCGUUUGAAGUCAAGGAGUAUUCAGCACUGGAGGAGUUACAAAAGGAAUUUGAAACUGCGGGACUUGGGGAGCUCUUCUCGGAAUGUGUACUUGGGCUGGUAAAACGAAGUGAAUGACAGGAACUGUUGGUAAACCAGCCGCUUUGUGUGUGGAUUUUCCCUGCCUUCGGGGAGAGGCUCCUGGGAGUAGUCGUGAGAGAGCAAUUUCAAAUUUCUCUGUAGCAAAAUCAUUCUCAUUUCAGGAAGAAAGCGAGUUCUAUUUUAUGGAAUAUUAAACAUGAAAAGACCCCAUGUAGUCUAAUGUUUGCUAGGAAAGACUGGCUUCAAUAGAUGGGAUUAUCUGAAGGAGAAAUAAAAAAUCACGACGGUAAAUGAGCUGUUGUUUUCAUAUAGACAAUUUGUUUAGAAGUCUGCAAUUUUCAGGCUAAUUUUCUUGUAAUUAAAUGAUUUCUUAAAGUGA